UUGUUUGCAGACAAGGUCCCCAAGACAGCAGAAAACUUCCGUGCCCUCAGCACUGGCGAGAAGGGAUUCGGCUACAAGGGCUCCUGCUUUCAUAGAAUCAUUCCUGGGUUCAUGUGCCAGGGCGGCGACUUCACACGCCACAACGGCACUGGGGGCAAAUCCAUCUACGGGGAGAAGUUCCCUGAUGAAAACUUCAUCCUGAAGCACACGGGCCCUGGCAUCCUGUCCAUGGCCAACGCUGGCCCCAACACAAAUGGCUCCCAGUUCUUCAUCUGCACUGCCAAGACUGAGUGGUUGGAUGGCAAGCAUGUUGUCUUUGGCCGUGUCAAGGAGGGCAUGAACGUGGUGGAGGCCAUGGAGCGCUGCGGCUCCAAAGACGGCAAAACCAGCAAGAAGAUCACCAUUACCGACUGCGGGCAGCUCUCGUAAACCCUCCUUUGCACCAGUGACCAUUCCUUGGGCAGC